AUGAGGCCAGUCACGGCUUUCACCACGACUCGGCCCAACAUCUGUCGCCUGACUCAGAGCAGGAGUGUGACGGUGACUAGACCCGUUUAUGCUCAGGCGCCUCUGCGGGUGUCUGCCCUGCAGACGUCCUUCUUGAGUCCCAGCACCGCCCUCCGUGGCUUCAGCGCAACCUUCACCAACCUGGUCAUCAACCCAGUGAAGCGGGCGCUGUCUGGCAUGCGCUGGCCGCUCUUGGUCGAGGCCAACAACAAGAAGGGCCUCGGAAACACGCUGCAUGGCAGCCGGAGGAAACGGGCGCGUGUGUCUGGAUUCAGGACCCGCAUGGCAACCACGGCGGGGCGCAAGGUGUUGGCCAAGCGGCGCCUGAAGGGGCGCAAGGUCCUCUGCCCCGGCGGGCGCCCCACCCGCAAGUGA